CAGCCUCAGCAGGCAGCGCAGAUUCCAGCGCUAUCGCAGUCACAAGCCCAGUUGUCGAGCUCUCUGUGGCAACCAGGCCAAGAAACACCCCACCAGAAGCCAAUUCUGGAGCAGAUGAAGCUCGUGACGGAGAAAUGGGACCCUUCCAGCCCCAGCUGCGUUUUCAAGCACUACUUUUACAACAAAGUCGAUGAAGCACACAUUCCGUUUUACAAGCCGCAAGCACACGAAGACCCUAGAGAAUGGGAGGAAGCUCUGCAGAACAAGCCCGCCCCUGGAUUCAUGCCUGUGCUAUGUGCAGGCUACACAGGCGUCGCAGACCGAUUAAAGACACAGAAGCGUGCCAUCUCCGAAUUCAACACACGAUUGCAUCAGAUCAACGGCUGUUUGGAUGCUCUCUUACAGAGACACGAACUGGAGACUGAAACAAGAGCUUUGGCUGCCAGGAGGCGGCAGACGAUGAUUUCCAAUCGAUGCCUGGCGCUGGCUGCCAAGGUGCAGAUUCUGAGGAAUCGGGGCUACGCUCUCAGCGGCGAUGAGGACGAUUUGAAAAGCAGGCUGCAGGCUUUGGAGCGCGACGUGCAAGAUCCUGCGGUGGGCGCAAGGGAGGAAGAGCUGUGGAGCAGGCUGAUUGUUCUAAGAGGAUACUCUGAGAAGCUGAGCCAGGAGCUAGAGAAGCCAACAGGAGCCGACGGCGAGGGACUGGACGAGGAGACGCAGACAAGAGCAAAACGGGUAUUGGAAGAUUACGAGAAGCAGCUCGGACACCUGAAAAAGGAGCUGGAGGCGCUGGGCGUGGACUACCAGGAUUGGGAUAACAGCAGAAACCCGCCAUCACGGUCUCGAUAAGAAGUUUUCUUUUGGAAAUUCCGAAGAUUGUGUUAUCAAGGAGGGAGUUUUACCGAGGCUAUAAUGCUGGUGUUUAAUUUGGGGACUCAUAAAUUUUCACGUACUAAACCGAGUGAGAUGUUUGUCAUGGCAACGUUAUUCUAAUGCGAUAGAAGGAAAGAGGGAUUUGAGUCGGCUUUUGUUUCAAUGAUUGUAGGCUGCUGCAGUAAUAGGUAGACAAAUAUCAAGACAGGAUUUGAAGGCAUGCACAUCUUUAUCGGCCAUAUAUACCAU